GCACGCGCACGCGCACGCGCGAGCGCGUUGCUGAACACAACUCCUCAGAAAAGCCGUGACUCUGUGUGUGUGUGUGUGCGUGUGUGUGUGUGUGUGCACGCGCGAGCGCGUUGCUGAACACAAGUCCUCAGAAAAGCCGUGACUCUGUGUGUGUGUGUGUGUGUGUGUGUGUGAGAGAGAGAGAGAGAGAGAGAGAGAGAGAGAGAGAGAGAUGGGUAUAUCGGUGGAAUGCGUGUUGGAUGAGCGGCGAGUGCCGUCGCAGCUGUAUUGUCCGAUCUGUACGGACCUUAUCCUUCCGAAAGAUGGUUUGCUCAGUCCAUGCGGUCAUAUGUUCUGUUCCAUGUGCAUCACCCAGUCGCUACAGAUGAAUAGGCAAUGUCCCGAGGACAGACAACCAUUACUCGACUCCGGUCUAAGGACUGUGAGGGAUGGCAAUCCAUUGAUCUACCGAAUGCUUGGCGAGGUUUCUGUGCGAUGCACCAACUUUAUGAAGGACUGUGACUGGCAAGGGGAGUUGUCGGAGCUGCCGGUGCACAUGAACGUCUGCGUGAAAGAAGUGGACGCUUGCAGUGUCUGCAAAAGGUACAUGCAGCGAGACCAGUUAGAUCAGCACAAGCUGUCGUGUGGCCGACCUUGCGAGGAUUGCGCUGAAAAGGAUGAGGAGUUGGCGGAAUAUCGGCGAGAGCUAGUGCGGUGCCGCGCGAAACUUGCAGACUUGCGAGUGCAGGUGCAAUCCCUCUGCGCCGACCAGUCACUGGAUGCUGAAGCGUGCCUGCGGUUCGACAAGUUCACGUUAAGGGAACUCGGCCAGUUUCUGUCCAGGCAUCUUCAUGCGAGGCCACCUCAUGCAGAGUCAGCGCAGAUUUUUGAAACCAUGAGGCAGUCCUUUGCCGACUGGCAAAAGAGGAAGAGCGACAAUCCGCCGACCAUUUCCGACGACCUUGUGUUCGCUCUCGCGUCAGCUCUUGCAUCCAAAGGCUGCGAGACGGGGCUGCGUAGGAAGGUGAUGGUAGUGAAUGGAGUGAAGCGAGUGUUGUCAUUUAUGGGUCACGCGUUUAGUGCUUGUUACGGUUAUACCCCUUUACUGUUUGUUAGGGUUUUACGGUUUUACCCAUGUACCAUUUAUGGUCACGCAUUCACGCAUUUGCCAUUUAUGGUUAACCCAUUUGCGGUUUAGGGUUCCCCAUUAACCAUUUAUGGUUUAACCCAUUUGCAGAUUUUUAAAGAAAUAACUUCAAAUAAGGCUAUGCAGUUAAAGCAGU